CAUACUGUUGUGUAAAAGUCCCACUGUUGGGUUACAAGUCAACAUGGCAGCUAUUCAGACGGAAGUUUCUUCGUGCUUGCAACCAUGGCAGAGGCCUUUGCACAUCUAUGGCAGGCUGGUGUGCAACUCUCUGAUGGCUGAUUCCUGGUCGGACCGAUCCCCCCUGCAUGAGGCGGCAUAUCAUGGCAGACUUCUCCACCUGAGGACCCUCAUAGCUCAGGGCUUCCAUGUUAACGCACUCACUAUGGAUGCAGUCUCUCCUCUCCAUGAGGCUUGCCUGGGUGGCCAUUCCGCUUGUGCAAAGUACCUGCUGGAUCACGGUGCAAAUGUACACCAAGUGGCAACGGACGGCGUCACCCCUCUCUUCAACUCUUGCAGCAGCGGUAGUGCCGCCUGCGUGCGGCUGGUCCUGCAGCACGGCGCCUCUGUCCACGGUGUGCACCAGUUAGCGUCGCCCAUCCACGAGGCGGCAAAGCAAGACCAUUCCGAAUGUUUGGAGGUGCUGCUGGCCUACGAAGCGCACAUUGACAUGGAGCUGCCCUCAAUGGGGACACCUCUGUAUUCCGCUUGCAUGGCCUCCGCUGCAACCUGCGUGCAUAUGCUGCUGCAUUCUGGAGCAGAUGUUGAACUUGGGUGCGGACGAGACAGACCUUUGCAUGCCGCAAUAAGAGGGGGCGGAGCCACCGUUGUGGACCUCCUGUUGGACUUUGGUGCUAAACAGUGCUGCAGGAACACUGAAGGCCAGACCCCUCUGGAUGUAGCAGCACCAAACAGCACAAUGAGAGCUAUACUACAAAACAGAGCAGGUCCUUGCUCCCUCUCUCAGCUGUGUCGCUGCUGUAUUCGGAGAAGUUUGGGGAGCAGUCGCCUCCAUAGAGCCUCCAGCCUUGUACUUCCACACACAAUCCAGGGCUUCCUCCUCUACCAGUGACACCUCUGCCAUGUAUGUUUGUGUGACUUUUUACAUUGUAUAUUUUACAUCCUUAAGUAUAUUUUAUACCUCUUUAAAUGCAGCAAUGCACUGAUUUUGUGUGCCUUGGUGUAUUUUUCUACUGCUCAAAUCCACUGUAUACAUGCACCAUGUGCAAAAUGACGAGCUGUAGCAGCCUUUUCAGGCACCAUGGACAGCGCCACUUGGGUGUUGUCGCCCUCUUGUGGUGAGAAAGAGCAUGUCCUUCCAAGAAAUAUAAAACAAAUACAGCUGAAACUUUAAAGUGGAACAUAGGAUGCUGGCCAACCUACAAUUUCGUAGUAUUUCCAGGCAUGUUUCACCAUAGGAAAUAAUGUAAAGGAAAUUAAUCUGUUCCAGGGUCAAACUGUUGCCAUCAGAAAACAUUUCACAGUCUUCAAGUGUAAACAUAACUGCUGUAAUCUUAAAACAAUAAAACACUUUAAUAAAGACUGCCUCGCAGAACAUCGCACAUCUCAUUAUUGGACAUAUCACAAAACAUUACAUAAGUGUAAAAGUAAGCUCACCAUUG